AUGACCGUCACAACACAGUCUCUGCUGGCACUCGCCCUAUUCAGUGUUUGUGAGGCCGCAAGCUAUCGCACUAUUGGAUCUUCAGGAUGCGCUGCACAGAUGGUAUUCGUGCCACCAUAUACUGACACGGUGGUCUUUCUUGACAACUAUCACCGGAAUUUUGGUGGUCCGGGAGUAGACCUGAAGACUGGCGCUCACUCAAAAGACCCAUUCAUGCAGGACAAUGGGCUAUGGGCCUUUGGUGUUGAGUACGAAUGGCGCACAAACGAUCUCCGCAAAUUGACUCCGAAGUCAAAUACGUUUUGCGCCGCGGGUGCCUUUGCCCCCGAUGGCACGUUGAUAAAUGUUGCCGGAGCCGAACUGUACUCAGGAGACGCCAAAACUACAAAUCUUCAAGAUGGCCGUCAGACUGUCCGCAGAUACAAGCCCGGCCCUUGCGACAUUGAUGGAUGCAAGAUGGAUUUUGAAGUCAAUACCAAUGAGCUUCAAUCAAGACGCUGGUAUCCAACAAGCAUAACUCUGACAAACGGCGAUGUUCUUGUUGUUGGAGGCUCAGUCGUUGGCCUUCUGGUUACCAACGAGGCUUCCAUCAACAACCCCACUUACGAGCUAAUCAAAGCCGACGGCAGUCAAGCGCCGCCUCAGAAGAACUUGACCAUCCUGGAGUUUGGUGCUGAGGAUAACCAGAAUGCGGAUAUGUCCUUCAACCUUUACCCCAUCCUCCAGCUGCUCCCGAACGCAGACAAAGCCGAUCAUGUUUUCACUCUAGCUGGCAACAGAGCAAACGUCUACAACUACGCCACAGACGAGAUUGUCAAAGAGCUUCCGAAUAUCCCUGGCGGACCUCGUACUUUCCCAGGAUCGGCCGCUGCAGUGCUGCUGCCACUCAAAGCUCCUGAAAAUGAACCUACUAUUCUGGUCUGUGGUGGCAGCUCGGCAGAUAUACCAAACCCCAAAGCUUUGAGCGACUGCUACCGUAUCAAGCCAAACGACCAGAAUACUGUUUGGAUUAGAGAUGAUUGGUUACCCAAUGGUGGUCAGACCAUGAUUGAGCCUGUGUUGCUUCCUGAUGGCACGAUUGUUAUGAUGAACGGUGCACACAGAGGAAGCGCUGGUGGCUACCAAGCAGAAGAUCCUGCACUGCAAGCUCUGAUCUACGACCCCAACGCGUCCAAGGGACAGCGUUUCAUAAAAUCGGCCACAUCUGAGAUCCCAAGGAUGUAUCAUUCCGUCGCUAUUCUCCUUCCAACAGGCGAAGUUCUGCUCGCUGGAUCCAAUCCAGAUGUUUUCUACAAUCCUGUCGGCAAUGUGUCAUUGGCGAAUCCAAAAUGGCCCGAGUUCCAGAACAACGGUCACAAGUCAUACCUUCAUCAACAGCAGGAGCCAGACACAGCAUAUCCCACCGAGUACCGUGUUGAGAUCUACGCUCCUCCCUACAUGGAUGAAGUCGGCUCUCGCCCCAUCAUCACUGCCUUCCCUGUCUCCGUCAAAUACGGCGAGCAUUUCAAGAUGGCAGCCGAGGGUGCUCGCGAAGAUGUGGUCGUCCGACUCAGCUACUCUGGCUUCCACACUCACGGUGUCGAUAUGGGAGCUAGAAUGGUUCAAUUGGAGGCCGUGUUGAGCACAGAUGGUGAUUAUAUCAUUGAUGUUACUGCACCGGCUGAUGCUUCUGUUAUGCCGCCUGGUGUGUACAUGCUCUGGGUCAUCGAGAAGGGAAUUCCUUCCGAGGCUGUGUGGAUGAAGUUGGAAGCUUGA